AUGUUUUUAGUGUUCUUCACGUGUAGUUUUAGCUUGCCGAUUAGCAAUCCAGCAUUAACAUUUGGAGGAAAAUUUGAAACUAUAAUUGUCAGAGUUUACUUGCUUCUUAAGUACCCACCUUCUGAGCGAAAAGCGGCGAGUAAACGUGUCGAUGAUGCUGCUGAAAAUUUACUGUAUACGCUUUUUUCUGCUCUGGAACGUGGUCGAUUCGAUGAUAUUGUGGAUGAGAGGAAGUUGUACUACCAGUUUGGGCAAAAAGCUGUUGAUAUUACCAAAUUUCGUCACUUCCUGAUACGGCAUCAAACUUUAAUUUCAAUUCACGAAGCUACCAGGCUCACCGCUAUUUCGAAUGGUUAUCCAUCGUUGUUCUUCGUUGUACGUACGCCGUACCAUGCGGCAUACACGUUGCUAGCACAACUCUAUGGACGGCCUCCCGAAAGCGAUUCGAACAAUGCUGCCGGCGAUGAUAAAGAAAAUGGACAUUUCCAGAAUGGCGUAAAACCUUUGACGGGUACCGCGAAGGCAGCUAAAUUUUUCCAGAUACCUGCAGAAUUCGAACGGCCGCUCUGUAAAUUAGAUGCCGUGAUUCCACCGCUGCAACCGAAUCCGGAUACGGAUCGAGUGAUAGCUGAGCUAACAGAAAUUCGAAGCAGGAUGUCACAAGGGGAGAGUUGUUUGCGCGCCGCCGAUGAUCGUAAUAUUUGGCUUCGGGAGCCACUUUUCACGGAACUCUCCAAACCCGCCGAACCGAAAAAGGCAGCAACUGACUGUAAUGCUGGUCGUGUGCUUCUUUAUGAUCUGGGACUAAUCUCGGAAGAAAAUUAUAAAGCCGGUGAUAUUCUGCUCCUCGAUUCGUCUUCUGUCGAUGAAUUUUAUCGCGACAUGCAUCGAAUGGUAGAUCGAUCACCAACCAAGCUGCUUCAGAGUGUUCGCUUAUUUUAUGUGCGAGACGGACAACGCACAGCUGUGGAUAUUCUCAACAACGUGAUGAAUUUGCAAACCACCAGCAGUCAAUUUUGUGGUUUAUUGGCGGAACUGGGAGAAGGUGUUGAGGUGGCAACGCAUCCCUAUUGGACCGGUGAUUGGAGGACUGCAUUUUCUGCUGAACGAAUAGCAUUCACCACUCCAACAGAACGCAUCAGGAAGCAUCCAUCUUUGUCUUGUGACUGUGACCCGGCUCUUGGUGCCCUCUCUGACGAACAAAACGAACCGGAUCGGACGUUGAAUCGAGAUUUUGGUACAGUUAUUUACCUUGACGUUUCGAGUAGCUCCGGUGGCCGAGCUUUGAGCUUGUCGUCCAGCGAGGAUCGAUCAGCUGGACGAGCCAGCGGAAGUAGUGGACAGUCAAACAAAGUUAUGUCGGAGAUUCUUCCAGCGCCCCAUGCAAAGAGUCAUUCUGGCCUGGAUUCUGGCAGUGAAACGAAAGCAGCUUAUAACAUGAACUGCUGUUUUCCAGGAAGCGGCCAGAAUUUUGUAAAGCGAAGCUCUGACCAGCGUGUAUUUGUUGUUUGGUUGGAAAGAACUGAAGACAUGCACUAUUUUCCAUGCGAAGAGAUGUUUGCUGUAACUACGGAUAGUUCGAUGUGCGGUGCAAAAAAUAGCGCGCGACCGGAUUUGGUUGUAAUUUUCCUGUCACAAGUUGAAAGUGAACUUGUUCAAGUGAAUAUUGUUGGCGAUUGGACAAAGUAUGAGGUUUUUGAAAUAGCGCUUUUAUUUUGUUCUUACGCAUUUGGCUCGGUUUUGGCACUCCACAGACAGCCAAGAAGAUUUGCUUUGAGAACAGUGCACAGAGAUAAAACGAUAGCUUACAUUUCAUUGGAAUGAAA